AAAUAAUGGUUAGAUAUUUACUCAAAACUUUUUCUAGCUAUAAGGGUGAGAAUCCCAUGGGAUUGCUAGAAAUGUUCCCUACUGAAUUCACUUUUUAAUUCUAGUCACAUCAACUCUUUUUCUUCUCCUUUCAAGGAUUUCCCAAACUUAAAAUGUUUCCUUUUUAUAGAAAGCAUUCCAUGGUUUGCAUCUCUAUCUCAAUUUCCUUAGAGCUCUUACUGUUCUCUCUUUGUUAAUUUCUCUUAAGUAAAUCAAAUGAGUUCUUACUUUGUUAAGAAAAAGCAGCGUAGUGGACUAUUUAAAAAUUUACUCUCUGUUAGAUCUUAGGGUGAUAAAACACAAGUGUUAUUAGAGAAGACGGUAGGCUGGCAACAUGCUCUGAAUCCCUGGAAGAAAGAAAAAUAUUGAUAAAUCUAAUUUUUAAAAAGUGUUUGAGUAACAGUCCACAAACACCAUGUAACUUCAAUAUUUAAUAAUCUAGUGGUCCAAACAUUGUACAACCUGUGAUGCUGGGACUAUUUAAAUAGCAAUGCUCUCUCUCAAAAUAUUAUUGUCUGGGUGAGAAAAUUCUCAGCAGGAGGACUCCGGUUCCCAUCAGAGAUCACAUUCCAUGUUAUUUUGUCUUUUCUUUCAAGUGAUGCUGAAUCAAACAUCAGUCACUGAAUUUCUCCUCCUGCCAGUGACAGACAUCCAAGUACUACAGCCUGUUCUCUUUGUGGUUUUCCUUGCAAUUUACAUUGUCAAUGUGGCUGGGAAUGGAGCCAUCCUGAUGGUUGUCACCUCUGAUCCAAGACUCCAUUCUCCUAUGUAUUUUUUCCUGGGAAACCUGGCAUGUAUAGAUAUCUGCUUCUCCACAGUGAGUCUGCCAAAGAUGCUGGAGAACUUCCUCUCUACACACAAAGCAAUUUCUUUCUUGGGCUGCAUAAGCCAGCUUCAUUUCUUCCACUUCAUGGGCAGCACAGAGGCCAUGUUGCUGGCCGUGAUGGGUUUUGACCGCUUUGUGGCUAUCUGCAAACCACUUCAUUAUACUCUUAUCAUGAAUCAUCAAGUCUGUAUCCAGAAGGCUGUCACUGUCUGGAUCAUUGGUUUUUUCCAUGCCCUGCUGCACUCAGUAAUGACCUCUCGCUUAAACUUCUGUGAUUCCAACCAGAUUAAUCACUUCUUCUGUGAUGUUAAGCCAUUGCUCAAGUUGGCCUGUGGCAACACUGAGCUCAACUGGUGGCUGGUCAAUAAUGUCACAGGCACCAUUGCCACGGGUGCAUGCUUUCUAACAUUCCUGUCCUAUUUCUAUAUUAUUAUCUAUCUUUUCUUCAAGACCCAUUCUUGCAGAAUGCUUCGUAAAGCACUGUCUACGUGUGCCUCCCACUUCGUGGUAGUUGUUCUUUUCCACGUCCCUGGUGUAUUUGUUUACAUUCAUCCUGCCUCCAGUAGCUCCAUGGACCAGGAUCAGAUCAGUGCCCUUAUGUACAAUGGGGUCACUCCUGUGCUAAAUCCACUGAUCUAUACUUUGCGGAACAAGGAAGUAAAGAGGGCCUUGAGGAGGGUGAUUUCAAGAAGUCAAUGA